AAAGAUGGCAAAUCCCAAUUCAAAUUUUUUCCCUUAAAACCUAUAUUUAUUCAGAACUAGCAUUGUUUUUGACAUAUAAUGAUUGGCCUGUUGCGCUUAUGCAAUUAUAGCAGCUUUAUAGCUUCGCCUUGAGUCUUUCAGCUGUAACCUGUAUGGCCUUAUCAUUCAUAUCUGCUAGAGGAUAUGAUUAAACAAAAAACUCCUUAAUUGUAUAAGCUGAUUAAUUUGGUGAUUUUUUACAGGUAAAAAAUUAAACUAAACAGUUCCUUAUGGGUUUAUUUUUGUGUAUAACUCUUAUAGUUGAUUUCUUAGCCAUUUUACCUAGAGAUACAUUUGUUUUCUUUUAUUUAUCUAAAGGUUCCCACUUACAUUUUAAACUCUAGAACUCUUUAUAUUGGCAAUACAAGCAAUUGUGAAUAAAAAUAGUCCAUGCAAAAUAAUCUGAUUUGAAAAUGGUUUAGUAGUUGUUUUAAGUCAUCUACGACCUGACGUUGCAAAUUGCAGCUGCCAGCUAGCGGGACAGUAGGCAUUACAUAGACUCUAUCUACCUUCUACGCUCUACAUGUGAGGUUCUUAUUUGCGCCCAUCUCCUUCUUCUUUAAAGCAAUGCUUCUCUUCAGAGUUGUUAGAGCAAGGAUUAUUACUGUUAUCUUCAUCUGUUUAUUAUGCCAUCAUCAAUAUAAGAUUCCUGAUUUUUAGGUUUAAUUUAUUAAUGAAAAGUACAGGUGAACUAUAUACUACACCCUUUACACAGUAAACUCAAAGGAUGUGGUCUGGAAGGAAUGUUUUGAAUCUGAAGAAGAAUGUAGCAGGGUCAACAUCCUAGGGAGAGGACGAACAAUGCCAACGGAAGAGAAAAAUUACUUCUGUAAAAGCGGAACAGUGGUGAGUUUCGAAUCAUGUUUGGUGAUCACAGGGAUAGGAGGAUGUCUUAUUUUCCUUGGAUUUCUCUUCAUUGCUUCAAAAUAUGUCCGUAAACUUAAAGGUUCUUCACGAGUAGUAGAGAUGACUCCUUGUCAUCAAAAGAAACUGGAAUUAAAGGAAUCUUCAAACCCACAUAUGGUUUCUUUAUCAAACCCCUUGACUCUGGUAGAAAUAAGCUCACAGAUUAAAGUGGAUGGAGAAGCACUGUUUAAAAAUGCUGAAAAGGAGUUUUACACCAUUGCCAGUACAGCAGACCAACUUAAAGAAAUGUUUAAACACGGAAAUAAACCCGGAAACCAGAAUAAAAAUCCUGAUCCUGAUCUUCUUCCGUACGACAGUAAUAGGGUGGUUCUAAACCCAGGUUCAGAAAAUACGGAUAUAGGGGAUUAUGUGAAUGCUUCUUGGGUCAGACAUGCAAACCUUGACACUGAACUGAUAAUAACUGGAUUACCUACCAGAGAGAACCCUGAAACCCUUCCUGUAUUCUGGAAAAUGAUCAGGGAUUACAAGGUGAAUCAUAUUGUUUUGUUCGUUGAUACAAGAAAAGCAGAACAUUCAGUGUUUUUUCCAGAUGAAAAAGGAACUGAAAAUAGUCUUGAUAUUAUGAGCUCAAUCUACCCGGAGUUAUCUCUGACCCUGACUGAAAAAUCCAAAACUGCAGAACUUGUGGAUUACUUUGAUAUUAGAAUUCAAACCAACAGAUCUUCAAAUUCGGAUCUGGUGGAAAUGCAUAAAGUGAAAAUCCACCAAUUCAAAACUUUACCUGAUUAUAAAGAAAUCAAAGGGACAGCCGCAUAUUUAGAAUGUGUGCAAGAAGUUUGGAGAAAUAUAUCUGCAGAUGACCUCAAUAAAAGUGCAAUUGCUUUUGUCAGUGAUUUGGGUAUAAAACACUCAGCUGUUAUGAUUGCUCUUAUAGCUUUAAUUGCGGAAAAUGAAAAAAAGAAUGAAGUCAACAUUCCCAAGUUGGUUAUGGGUUUACGAAAGGAUAGGAUGAACAUGAUUCCUUCUGUGGAGGACUAUAAGUUUCUAUAUGAUGCUCUGGGUCACUAUUCAAGGGUUAAGGAAUUAUCCUCAAACAAGAAUUUCCUCUCAGUAGAAAACCUUUCAGAAGUUAGACGAAUAAGCGGCAAAUUCAUGAGAAGAGUCAAGUCUCAUUAUGAAAAAGACAAAGUUGUGGAGGAGUUUAAGCUACUUGAAGCAGAGAAGGCUGUUAUGUCACCCAAAUCUAUUGGAGAAAAGGAAGAGAAUCAAAAGUGGAAUUGGGAUCAAGAAGUUUUGCCUUAUGAUUUUAACAGAGUUAUUAUGUGGAAAAGUGAUAAUAGAAGUGAUUACAUCAAUGCCUCAUAUUUCAGAUUUGAGAAUUUUUAUGUUCCCGAUGUGAUAAUAAGCCAAGGACCCUCUCCUCACAUACCGGGAUCUACAGAACGAUUCUGGCAAAUGGCUUCUCAGUCUAAGGCGUCUUGUGUUAUACGACUUGAGUGUACAGCCGCUGAAGAUUACAAACCAGGGCAAGAGAUGAAAUUUGGAAAAAUGUCUCUUAG